AUGCCAUCAUCUCAGGGCGCACGAAAAGUCACAAGAACCUUCGUAGUCGAUCCCGACAAGUCGCCUUUUGAUUCUUUGAAGGAUGAUCCCAACUCCAAGCCCACACUCAUCCUGAACGGCUGCACUGCAGACAACGCCGAUGACGCUGCCGUAUUUGCUGAACACUUGGAGAUUGCGCAAGCCGGAAAUGUGCCUUUCAUCUCGAUCAACAUUUUCUGCGACACCGAGGAUCACCAGCGCCGAUUCGGAGAUCCUACUCGAUAUGAAGAAUUAAAAUCAAAACUACGAGACAGACAAAUUCUACAGCUGCUGCUGUCAAACCACGAGCUGUUGGAUCCGACAAAAUGUUCUCCGGACUGA